GUCGAGGGUGACCACUUGAUGGCAUUGAUCCCAACGUACGCUUCAGAGAAAUACGCGACCAGAGGCAAAGUAACGUUUUGGUUCCCUCGUUCACUCUUCCAAGAGUUACUUCAAACGGUGUUUUGAAAGAAUUAACUAUUUCUUGGCAUCCAUUUGAAAGGACCGUACGCGAGCAAACCGUCCCUUUUUAGGCACAGUAAGCUGAUAUUCAGUGACUUAACUCGCACUUGGAAUCAGCACACGAAAAAAAAUGUAAGUAUCAUAUUUUUUAAAUAAUAAUGUUGUGCGUUGUCCUUAAGUAGAAGCAGGCUAUUUAAUAUUAUUAUUGUUGUUGUUGUUGUUGUUGUUUAUGUGAUUGUGAGGUUAUAGAAAUUAUUUUGAAGAAUAUUUGCGCGCACAAGUUGUGUUCUUCACCUUUGCAAUUUUGUAAUAAGGCCAACAGUAAUGCCUUACUGAGACAAAUAAAAAAUACGAUACAUGCCCGCCCUAUAACUAUAAUAGCACGUUUCACCAUUAUUUUCUGCAAUGGUUACAUCUAUUUAUUAAUUCGUAAUAGGCAUAUGUUAUAUUGAAGUGUAUUAGCUCUCAUAUAGGGAGAAUCGAAUCUCAUUAGGUUUUUGAUGACAGCCGUGGCGAUUUUAGCAUGUAAAUCUUGGUGGGGCAAAAAAAUAAAUAUAUAUAUAUAUAUUGGGAUGCAUGCCAACAAAGCCACAACACAACACUAAACAAAACAUGAAUUGCACUAUAACGGUGACAAACGGUGCCCACAAACUGUUAGGGCCUACAUAAAGCUGUCCCAACAGCAGCCCCAACACCUUACCACUGCUACACCUGGCUAUCAGCGGAGCCUUGUCUGGCAGCAAAACAGUUUAUUCAACCUCAUUUACUGCCUUUUAAAAAAACAUAGCUGAUAUGGCUGACAUGCUUAAACAAAUGUGGUUUCUACAGACAAUUGAGAUGUACAAACUAUGGCAUAAGGGGACGACAAGCGGAUAAGAGGCAAUCCGUAAUUUCGAUUAAGACAUUAAUGAGCGAGUUAGGACGGACGUUGUCAAUAUAACUAUUUGUUCAGCACUUUUGAAAUGUACAGCGACAGAAUUCGGAACACGGGCCGUUCUUACAGUAUUCUCCCUGUACACCAAGUCAGAACCCUAGGAUAAAUAAAGGGGGCAUAUAAGCAGACAAUGAAAUCUCUUACAAUAUUCGAUGAUUACAUUAAUCUGUAACAGGUUAUAGGCUACAUGUGCACCACCAAGUCAGAAUAGUAGGCGAAAUGAAGAGGGGGAAAUAUACAAAAUUAUUAGGGUGAGGCACAUGGGCUACUAACAGCUUACUACACAACAUACACUUAGUAUUACUUUCUUAGCUACAGUAUACACAUAUCUCCCUGGCAUAUUACUAUGGAACGCCGUUUGGGUCUUUGCGUGUCAAAAAAAAGAUAUACGUCAACUAACACUUUUGACGCGUCAAAUAAUACAAUUAUAUUCUAUAAUGUUGUGUGUGCUGAGUUUACAUGUGCAAGCCGAGCGCCACCACUACCAUCAGUGGAUAAAUAAAUAAGUAAAUAAAAGUCUGCAACAAGCACCUGGGAUAGGAUAAAGUAAUCCUUCUACCCCCCCCCCCCCCCCAAAAAAAAAAAAAAAAAAAAAAACAUAGUAAAGUGGUUAUACCACUGGCUAUAAGGUGAAUGCACCUAUUUGUAAGUCGCUCUGGAUAAGAGCGUCUGCUAAUUGACGUAAAUGUUAAUGUAAAUGUUUACAAUACCGCGUCGGUAAUAAGGCAUUUAUUUGUUCGACCGAAUGGGAAAACGGCUGUGAGCAUUUGAAAUAAGGUAUUGAUAAAAAAAAUGUUUGCAAAUAUCUUUGACACAGAUGUUAUUAGCAACUUCUGGGGUAGCUAGCUAGCUUUAGCUUGGUAACGUUACCUAGCUAGCACCAAUGCAACUAGCCUGAAAACAAUGACCAAUAGAAACUGCAGUCGUUUAUCAAUAUUCUUAGCAAUGAUUUAGGAAUCCAUGUGAGUAAGUAUUAGCUAGGUAGCCACUUGAACUUGAAAUUGAACUUCAGUUCAUGAAAAUAACUAGCUAACCAGUUACUUAACCCUGUUGCCCAAAGCUAACGUUAUAAGCAGCCAGUAAACUUCAUCUGGCUGGUGAGGCUCGACCGGACCGGGUUAUGUGUUGUGAAAAUAGCCACAAUAAGGAUGAGCCAACAUAGUGGAAUUUGCGGUUCACCUUCUAAAUAAAAGUACCUAUUUGAAAGUGACGCAGAAGGUUACAAUUGGUGGAAUCAUGCAAUAUUUAGACUAGAUAAUGUUGGAAUGUGGAGCAAUGAAAUGCGGUAUCAGUCUACUCUGUGACACCCACAGAACACAACUGUGCAGAGUUUACACAAAUAUUAGCGUUGUAGCUCUUAACGCGGGACUGUGACUGUGUGAAAUCACUUCCCCAUGUCAGCCUAUUGUGCGUAUUGACAUCCAUAUUGCACUGUACAGCCUUACUUAAGGAUUGGGGAUCAAUUAAAUGGGCUAUCAGUCUACUCAGUACCCAAGAGCUUUUUUUCCCAACGUCCCCCUCAGAGUUAUCAGACUCCAAAACAUCCAGGUUGUAUUGUUUUUUCCCUCUGGAAUAGUGUUCAAUACACAUACAUAGGGUGACUGGUACAAUAAAUGUGUCUCAAUUCACAGUGGUUUCAGAGUCCCGCAAUAAGAGCUACGACGCUAAUGUUCUCUGGGUGUAGGUAGACUGAUACCCCAUGUCAUUGAUCCACAAUACAUAGGUAAGGCUGUACAGUGAAAUAAGUAUGCCCCCAAUGCAAUUCUAAAGUCUAAUACAUCCAGCGUGAUUUCAACAGAUUUUUGUCCAAUUAACUAAUUAUUUAUUUUUUGUUGAAUUUAUAUAACAACAUUCCAACCUCGUUUAGCAUGAUCCAUGGCAUAAUUCCACUAUUUGUAUUCAUUUGCAUCACUGUCGAUGACAUUCUUUUAUUUUGAAGGCUAACCGCAAAUUCCACUAGUGUGGCUAAUCCUUAUUGUGGCUAGCUUCACAUAGGUGGAUCCCGACCACCAUUAAUCAAAUAAGAACAGUUUUAUAAAUUAGUGGUAUUUUAGAUGAUGACACAUAGCUAGAUAGUUAGCUAGCUAACUAUAGCUACUGAAACAGAUUAUGUCGUUUUGCUAUGUUUUGGGAGAAGAACAUUGUUUGCAUCCCAUCAGCUAGCUAGCUUUUUUAUGACCAGCACUGUCCAGAGCUUGGGGAAGGGCAGGUGGUCGAGACACAACUUUACCAGCAUCAUAGUGUACGUAUCGAUAAGUCGUUGUGACAUAUGAACUACGAGUGAUCAUGUAAUCAAUGUGUAAUAACUACGUUAAAAAAAAUGUAUGUACGUGUUAAAUUGUUAUGUGACGUGCAGUCAUAUUCAGGUCCUGAUUGGUCAACAAACUUAUAUUUUUUUGACACGCAAAGACCCAAACGGCGCUCCAUAUAUUCCAUCAUUUAUGCAGCAGCAUACAAGACAUUUGGACUCAUCUUGUUGCGCUCACUUGAACGGAAAGGUGGCGCGGCGGUCUUUCAUGGGCAAAUGUUGUCAUCAAACUUUGUCAUCAAAGUCUGGCAUUCUCUGGAUUUAUGGUGCUUUCAAGACAACUGGGAAAUCGGAAAACAAGGUCGAAUCAUGAUGACGUCAGUGAUCUUCAGGUCGUAGCUCUAGAAAGAGGCCAGAGUUCCCGAUUUACAAUUCCGAGUUGAAUGAACGUUCAAACUUAUUUUCCGAGUCGGAUCUCGUUUUUUCCCGAGUUCCCAGUUGUCUUGAACUCACUGAAGUCAGAUUUCCUCGAGUUAACAGUUGUUUUGAAUAUUAAAUAGAAUUAAAUCAAGAUCAUGUUUACGACCACAAAUAACAAUAACUGUAGCGACCCUGUGUUUAUAAAUGUGGAUAUUGACUUUGCCACUUCAGCACGCUUUUGUGGCACAGUCGAUUCCACUCAUGGCUACAGGCCAGAAGGUUGAGGGUUCGCCAACCACCACGGAUGAGCUCACUCUCCCUGCCUGUCUCAUUACACUACAAUCAGAGUUUCAAAAUGUUGAUGCCAUAUUUAUAAUUACAGUGCAUUCGGAAGGUAUUCAGACCGCUUGACUUUUUCCACAUUUUGUUACGUUACAGCCUUAUUCUAAAAUUGAUUAAAUAAAAAAAAUUCCUCAUCAAUCUACACACAAUAUCCCAUAAUGACAAAGCGAAAACAGGUUUUUCUGUAGGGAUGUUUUUCAGCGGCAGGGACUGGGAGACUAGUCAGGAUCGAGGGAAAGAUGAACGGAGCAAAGUACAGAGAGACCCUUGAUAAAAACCUGCUCCAGAGCGCUCAGGACCUCAGACUGGGGCGAAGGUUCACCUUCUAAAAGGACAACGACCCUAAGCACACAGCCAAGACAACGCAGGAGUGGCUUCGGGACAAGUCUCUGAAUGUCCUUGAGUGGCCCAGCCAAAGCCCGGACUUGAACCCGAUCAAACAUCUCUGGAGAGACCUGAAAAUAGCUGUGCAGCGACGCUCCCCAUCCUACCUGACAGAGCUUGAGAGGAUCUGCAGAGAAGAAUGGGAGAAACUCCCCAAAUACAGGAGUGCCAAGCUUGUAGCGUCAUAACCAAGAAGACUCAAGGCUGUAAUCGCUGCCAAAGGUGCUUCAACAAAGUACUGAGUAAAGGGUCUGAAUACUUAUGUAAAUGUAAUAUUUCCGUUUUGUAUUUUUAAUGAAUUUCCUUAAAUUUAUAAAAACCUGUUUUUGCUUUGUCAUUUUGGGGUAUUGUGUGUAGAUUGAUGAGGGAAAAAAACAAAACAAUUUAAUCCAUUUUAGAAUAAGGCUGUAACGUAACAAAAUGGGGGAAAAGUCAAGGGGUCUGAAGACUUUCUGAAUACUUUCCGAAGGCACUGUAUAUAAAAUAUAUGCAAUGAAUUUUCCACCAACAGGUUUCUGUGCCAAUACACCCACAACCAGUAAACAAAGCAUACCGACUUUGGGCAUUCCAAUAUCAUGGUUUGCGUUUUCAACACUACAAUAAAUUGACUAUGUAAAUCUCAACAAACAGAAAAUACAUCCCUCCCUGCCUUUUAGGCUUCACUCAAUAUCGAAGGCUUGGCACGACACGUCAUUCAACUUUUUUGGUGUUUUGUAACAGAUGUCUCUUUCCAUUCAUCUAUUGGCCGCUGCACAGUUUGGAUUGAUUGAUAUAUGUUAUUUGUCAGUAAAAAAAAAUACAUAUACACAAAUAUUUUUUUUAAGUGACCGGGAUUGCACAAUAAAGUCGGGGACUUAUUUCCAUUAUGGUCCCUAUUUUUAACAUAAAUACAUAUACAACUACUUCGAUACAGACACAUUGCAGAGAUACAGACACAUUACACAGAUACAGACACAUUACAUAGAUACAGACACAUUACAUAGAUACAGACACAUUACACAGAUACAGACACAUUACAGAGAUACAGACACAUUACAUAGAUACAGACACAUUACAUAGAUACAGACACAUUACAGAGAUACAGACACAUUACAGAGAUACAGACACAUUACAUAGAUACAGACACAUUACACAGAUACAGACACAUUACAUAGAUACAGACACAUUACACAGAUACAGACACAUUACACAGAUACAGACACAUUACAUAGAUACAGACACAUUACAUAGAUACAGACACAUUACAGAGAUACAGACACAUUACAGAGAUACAGACACAUUACAUAGAUACAGACACAUUACAGAGAUACAGACACAUUACAGAGAUACAGACACAUUACAUAGAAACAGACACAUUACAGAGAUACAGACACAUUACAGAGAUAGAGACUAAAAAACGCUCAACCUCCAGAUGAGUUUGAGGGGGGAAUUUAAAUACAAUUCUUAAAAGCUUGUUUGGCUGGUAGCUUAUUCUUUAGACGUUUGGGGCUGCUGGUGAACCAUGAUGUGUAGGCAUAAUCAACGUGACAUUGGACUAGCACACCUGUCAGAGUCUUUAGGGCGUCUAUAGCAGAGUUUCCAUCCAAAUGGCAACAGAUUUUCAUGUGAAUAUAAAAAUAAUGUUCAUAAAAAUAAUAUGCCAUUUCAGAGUUUCCUUUAGGAAAAUUUGGCGCCGGACAACAUGACAGGGAAGAUUUUAAUUUACCGGACAUUUGAGACAUUUUAUGGACAUCCAUAUGCAUUCAGAUCCAACCUGGCGUAGCCGGUGCCAUCAAUAAAAGAGGGAUGUUGGCCAAAUCAGCCACAUUUACGUGUCCUUAAAAACCUACAACAAAUAACUUUCUGUUUUAGAACUUCAGAGCUGAAUCUUAUCCCAAUCUCUAGGGUAAAUAUUUAAAAAAAUAAUAUUUGGAACAGGUUCUAAUAUGUGCGAAUAUGUUGUCAUUGAAGAGCUUUUGGGAGUGUUGCCCAAUGGCAUACCUUUAGGCUAUCAUGAUCAAAGUUAGUCAAUGAUUUGUAAUGGUAGAUUACUUUCAUGUCCUCUUCAUCUGACUAACACACCCUUUCUCUCUGUCUCUCUCCAGGAUGACCACUAGGGAUAAAUGGAGGGUUUACAAGCGGGUGUGUGUCAUGUUCUUUCUGGCUGUGGUGAUGUUGAUGGUGGUUCAGAGAGGGGUUCCCUUCCAAAUUGAGAGGCAGAGUCGUAUGGAGGCCUCCUCCAAGGGAGGGGAGGACAGGGCCCACCAGCAGAAUAAGGGCAAGCCCAAACAAGCCGAGCCUACAGCCGCCGACACUGACACCACCGAGGAGCCCAGCAUCACCCAGAAGCGAGCUGGCUCCCGGACCUGGGACGUGUCCAGUGCGAACUGCAAUGCCAACCUCAACUUCACCAACCAGGACUGGUUCAGCGGCCUGGAGAAAAACUUCAAACAGUUCCUUCUCUACCGCCACUGCCGCUUCUUCCCCAUGCUCAUGAACCAUCCGGAGAAGUGCUCCGGGGAGACCUACCUGCUCAUGGUCAUCAAGUCCAUCGCCACGCAGCACGACCGCCGCGAGGUGAUCCGCAAGACGUGGGGCAAGGAGCAGGUUGUUGACGGCAAGAAGGUGAAGACGGUCUUCUUGCUGGGGACGCCGUCCAAUGAGGCUGAGAAGGCCAACCACCAGAAGCUCCUGGAGUACGAGGACUACAUCUACCGAGAUAUCCUCCAAUGGGACUUCCAGGACAGCUUCUUCAACCUGACCCUCAAAGAAACCCACUUCCUCAAGUGGUUCUCCGCCUACUGUGCCGACGUGCGCUAUGUCUUCAAGGGCGACGACGACGUCUUCGUCAGCGUGGAGAACAUCUUUGAGUAUCUGGAGGCCAGCGCUCAGGUCAAGAACCUCUUCGUCGGUGACGUGCUCUUCAAGGCCAAGCCCAUUCGCAGGAAGGAGAACAAGUACUACAUCCCACAACCACUUUACAACAAGACCCACUACCCUCCAUACGCCGGAGGAGGUGGGUUCCUCAUGGACGCACCCCUGGCCAGGAAGCUCUACCGGGCCUCAGACUCUCUGGAGCUCUACCCCAUCGAUGACGUGUUCCUGGGCAUGUGUCUGGAGGUGCUGCAGGUCACGCCCAUCAAUCACAAUGCUUUUAAGACGUUUGGCCUGGUCAAGAACAAGAAAAGCAAGCUCAACCAAGAACCUUGUUUCUUUAAGAGCAUGAUCGUGGUCCACAAGCUGCUACCACCAGACCUCAUGCACAUGUGGAACCUGGUGAACAGUAAUCUCAUCUGCUCGCAGAAAAUGGAGAUCUUAUAGCCUGGUGGGAAUUGGGAACACUUAGUUAGGCGAGGGGACAAGAGUUGAAAUGUGUGAGCGGGGCCGGAGGCAGAUAUCCUAUUCUUGUUAUCCUUUUUUCAGAGAAGGACCAGACAAUAUUUGAUUUAGUACAUUUUAGCAGACACUCUUCUCCAGAGCAAUUAGGGUUAAGUGC